AUGGCGUCCUACUGCGCCUACGACUCCCCGACUCCUGAGUACUACACGGAUGCGGCGACCUGCACCCGCCAGGAUUCGUUCUUCGGCGGCAAGGCCGUCCUUCCUGAGGGCGCGGGUUACGGCAUCGUGAUCGGCUUCGGCGUGUUCUUCUCCCUCGCCACCGGCAUCAUCAUGAAGCUUAACCAGCGCUACGGUGGUCUCAACCUCUCCUCCGAAUUCUUCAACACCGCCGGCCGCAACGUUAAGACCGGUCUGACGGCCUCCGUCAUCGUCUCCCAGUGGACCUGGGCGGCGACCCUCCUCCAGUCCUCCAACGUCGCCUACCAGUAUGGCGUCUCUGGUCCUUUCUGGUACGCCUCCGGCGCGACCAUUCAGGUCCUGCUUUUCGGUAUGCUCGCGAUCCAGGUCAAGCGCUACGCGCCGAAUGCCCACACCAUCUGCGAGAUCAUCGAUGCUCGUUGGGGCCCCAGCGUGCAGAAGGUGUUCAUCUUCUUCUGCUUCAUGACCAACAUCAUCGUCUCUUCCAUGCUUGUCCUCGGUGGUGCCGCCACCGUGAACGCGCUCACUGGUAUGAGCACGACUGCCGCUGGUUUCCUGAUCCCUCUCGGUGUCAUCGCGUACACCAUGACUGGUGGCCUCAAGGCGACCUUCCUGGCCUCCUACAUCCACACCGCGAUCAUCUUCUCCAUCCUCAUCACCUUCAUCUACAUCGUCUAUGCCGGUGAUGACAGCAAGGGUCUCGGCUCCCCCGACAACGUCUACAAGCUGCUCAACUCCCUUACUGCUCAGACCAAGGAGGUUUGCGCUGAUCGUAUCAGCAAGAAGCAGAACUGCGGCUACGUCCCCAAGAACGAGGAGGGCUCCUACCUCACCAUGCUCUCCGAGGGUGGUAUGAUCUUCGGCAUCAUCAACAUCGUGGGUAACUUCGGUACCGUCUUCGUUGACCAGUCCUACUGGCAGUCCGCCAUCGCGGCCAAGCCCAGCUCCUCCACCAAGGGUUACCUCCUCGGCGGUCUUGUCUGGUUCACCAUCCCCUUCGCUCUCGCUACCUCCAUGGGUCUCGCCACCGUUGCUCUUGAUCUGCCGGUGACCUCGACCGAGGCUGGCAUGGGUCUCGUCCCCCCCGCCGUUGCCUCUCACCUUCUCGGCAAGGGUGGUGCUGCCGCCAUCACCAUCAUGCUUUUCAUGGCCAUCGUGUCCACCGGUUCCGCUGAGCAGAUCGCCGUGUCCUCUCUCAUCUCCUACGACGUGUACCGCAAGUACAUCAACGUUCACGCCACCGGCGAGGACAUCCUCCGCGUCUCCCGCUACGGUGUUGUCUUCUUCGGUGUCUUCAUGGGUCUUCUGUCCCUCAUCCUUGAUGAGAUCGGACUGUCCCUCGGCUUCGUUUACCUCAUGAUGGGUAUCUUCAUCGGUUCCGCCGUCAUGCCGAUCUCCUUCGUGCUGACUUGGGACAAGGCGAACGGUGCCGGUGCCGUCGCUGGUGCCUUCACCGGUCUCAUCCUCGGUCUCAUCACCUGGAUCGCCACUGCCUCCGGCCUUGAGGGCAAGGUCACCGUUGACACUCUCGGCAUGAACUACCCCAUGCUCGCCGGUAACGUCGUGGCCAUCUGCUCCUCCGGUAUCGUCCACGCUACCAUGUCUUUCAUGAACCCCCAGAACUUCGACUUCAGCACUCUUAACGAGCGCAUCCAGCUCAUCGACGACACUCUUCCCAAGUUCGAGGAGGACGAGGAGUCCAACCCCAAGCAGCUCGAGGAAUCUCUCAAGUGGAUCCAGAAGUGGGGCUGGGGCUUCACCUUCAUCAUGAUCAUUGUCUGGCCCUGCCUCUCUCUCCUCGCGGGCUGCGGCACUCCCACCGGCUGCGGUGUCUUCAACAAGGGCUACUUCAACCUCUGGGUCGCCAUCGCCCUCACCUGGGGUACCGUUGCUACCGCCGUCAUCAUCAUCCUGCCCGUGUACGAAUCUUGGGCUGAGAUCUCUACCACGCUCCAGGGCAUGUUCACCAACGAUGACGUGCACAUGCGCAUGGACAUCAUCGAUUCCAAGCUUGACUCCCUCCUCAAGGCGGGCAACCUUGGUGAGAGCGGCAACAAGCUUUCCAAGACUGACGCCUACCGCGCCAAGCUUCUUGCUGGUAAGCUUUAAAUGAGCGCUGUUUCAAUACCGCGUGAUUUCAUCGCUUGACAAGACGAGAUAUUUCCGUCGCUGUCUUACAAUAACGUGUCCUCCAUAACAUGAUGCGCAACGAGUUGGUAUGCGCACGCGCAUGUAACACCUGUGCUGUGCCUUUGAAGCUAGAUCAACCUGUUGACGAGGUUUUUAAUAAGAAUGAAACGCCAUUCCUUUA